AUGGACCACUGGAACUGGGAGACUGAGAGACUGGUGCUGCUGACCCCUCGAGUGCUGCUGGUGUGUCACUAUGACUUUGUGGGACUCUACUGUCACUUAAUGCUGAGGAUUCCCCUUCACUACAUCGACAGCAUUACAGUUGGACACUUCCAGUUCCCAGCCACCUCCCUCAGCAGGCGAUCCGGUCUCGGGCUGUGGGUUCAAUGGGACAAACUGCGGCGACCAUCGUUCCGUUCCUGGUGGAAUCCGUGGUCUCGAGAUCUGCCGUUUGUUAUCCUGACAGAACACCCUGGGGCAGAGAGAGAGCACGAACUGUCCUCCCUCUGCAAGUUGCACCGUUUCCGCACCGAGCUGACCUGUCUGGUACAGAUUGCCCAGCGGGAUCAGCCCCUCCCAGGCCGAGCCAAUGGCCCUCUCCUGCUCGAGAAACCGCUCCAGAUGGAGACCACCCUGGGCUUCGUGUCUGCUCUCAACAACUAG